AGACUCUUGGGCUGACAGCGGAUCGGUUCAGUGCCGGUGCCAUGGGGAUCGAUUUCCGCUCGCUAGAGGUGCCCAAAAAGGCGAAGGUGGGGAACUGGCGGCCAAGCUCGAUUAGCUUGGCAGAUGCACAUCAUGGCUUCUGGUCCAAAGUGAUGACCAGGCUUUGCCAAUGUACUUUGCCCUUCAUGUUUCUUCUCCAUUGCUUUGGCGCAGUGAAUUUGGACACCAUGGUGGCCCAAACUUGGCAAGAGCUGCAUUCGUGGCCAGCGCUACACUGGGCGAUGAUAGAAGCACUGGUUGCGGCAGUAUCAUUCGUGGGUUGGAUCUCCUGGUUCUUUUUGCUGAAUGAGAUUCCAUCAAUGAAAGGCUAUCGUAUGGUGGUGCGGGAGGAGUCGCACCCCAUCGGCACCCACUGCAUGACCGACAGGACGAAGCACAGAGUAUGGGCAUCCUUCCCAGUGUAUGUCCUGUCCAUCUUUGCCCUUCAUCUUGUGAAGUCGGCCCCAAAGGUGCAGAGCGAAGCUCCAUCCACCUUGCGACUCUUUUCGGAGUUGAUCCUGGGAAUUUGGGCUUAUGACUUCAUUUUCUAUUGGCUUCAUCUGGCCAUGCACAAAUUCCCCAACUCUUGGCACAAGCAUGAGAUCCAUCACGAGCUCAAGGUCCAGGAUUUGAACGGAGAAUGUCCUUGUGGUGGCCAUUUCAUAUUGCACAUCUGAGCGAAGGAUUCUUGGGAAAGAAGGGGAGAAUGCAAGUACAGUUGUUUGGACAAACCUCUUUGCUCAAGGGAAGCAAACAAGGUGCAGCACAGAGCCUGUAUGUUGUGUUGGUGACCAUUCAAUGAACGCACGCUUCAGACAUGAUGUUGGGAAAUCAAGAUUGAAAAGCAAAAGGUGAAGGGUGUGAUCUCUUGGAUGCCUUUCCAUGAAUGUUGCACAUGUUGCAGGUGCCACAGGUAUCUUCCUAGUCCAUUUUGUAUCAAACUAUGUCUCACUAAAGUAACAUAGACAUAGACCUAAUUACUCUUUGUUACUUCAGGCAUGGGAGCACGUCGCACCAUUCUUGUGGCUUCCAAACCGCGGUGUUUGUUGACACCGAAGCGUUUGAACCGUCGAGGUGCAUCCCAUCUGUGGGACCAGCUUCCUUGCCCCAGAGCUGGUGGUGAAUCAAUCAUUGGAAGAUGGAACCAUGCAAGUCCUCAUCAACAUUCUCGUCCAAAACCUCCCGCUUUUUGCAGGUUUGCCCAAACACAAGAUGAGCCGCUUGCUUCACAACAUCUUGGUAACCUAUCUCCUCUCGGAAGCACAUUCAGGCUUGGAUCUACCAUGGUCAACGCAUCGCCUUUGUCCCAAGAUUCUGGGUGGUGCCUAUCGCCAUGAGUUCCAUCACCACCGGAGAGACUGUUGCUUCCAUCAAUUCUUUUGCUAUUUGGACGAUCUUCUUGGCUAUGGCCCGCCCAAAACUCGAUAGAUUCUUCACGACACCUUGUAGCGCAUUGACCAGCCACAGAAUUGACCAAGUCAUGAGAGGUGUGCUGUGAUUUGUGUCGGACUUUGCUCGUAUUGAGUUUUAUUGAGUUUGUGGCAUGUUCUGUACUGCGAGGAUAUCGCAUGCUGCAGUACUGCGAGGAUAUCGCAUGCAACAACUCGAGCCAGCAUGCCAAAGCUGCUGGCUCACAGUUGGUCUUACUGCCUAAAGUAUCUUCAGACGAUGCUUUGUGGUCCAAAAGCAUCCGCAAACUGGUGGAAACACUGGAAUCAUCCAUCGUGCUCGGACACAGAGGUGGAGAUGAGACUGACCACCUGUAGUGGGUGUUUUUCACCUCACGGCAAAUCCUGCACGGCUAUGCCUUGCAUCCCAGGCAGCAGAAGAACGUGGCUG